UGCAGCUGGCACAGGGAGCACCGAGGCAAAGAUGCAUCUGAUCUGGACAUUAGCCCUCUGCUUCCUUGCUGCAGUACAAGGAGCGCAGGUUUGCUACGACCGAAUCGGGUGCUUCGCUGAUACCAGCCCAUACGCCGGCACGGUGCAAAGGCCAAUCACCAAGUUACCAUGGGCUCCGGAGAAGAUUAACGUGCAGUUCAUGCUGUACACCCGGUCCAACCAGAACAGCUACCAGACAGUCAGCGCCAUAACCCCCUCGACCAUCUCGUCGUCCAACUUCCGCACCAGCAGGAAAACCCGCUUCGUUAUUCACGGGUUUAUUAGCAGCGGAACCAACUCGUGGGUCACUAACAUGUGCAAGAAACUCCUCGGAAUAGAAGAUGUGAAUUGUAUCGCUGUCGACUGGAGCGGCGGCUCCCGCACCCUGUACUCCCAAGCCUCCAAUAACGUGCGGGUGGUGGGGGCAGAAGUGGCCUAUUUUGUAAAGAUCCUUCAGAGUAACUUUGCCUAUUCCCCGGCCAAUGUGCAUCUGAUCGGGCACAGUUUGGGCGCUCAUGCGGCCGGAGAGGCAGGGAAGAGACAGAAAGGCAUCGCUAGGAUCUCCGGCCUGGACCCAGCCGAGCCUUACUUCCAGAACACCCCCGCAGAAGUCCGGCUGGAUACCUCCGACGCGGCUCUGGUCGAUGUCAUUCACACUGAUGCUGGCCCUUUGGUCCCAAGCCUUGGGUUUGGAAUGAGCCAAGUGAUUGGCCACCUGGAUUUCUUCCCUAACGGAGGGGUUCACAUGCCGGGGUGCCCCCAGAAUAUUGAGAUCCCAAACGUCAAUGUGGAAGAUAUCUGGAACGGAGUCGUUAAUUUCGUUACGUGUAACCAUGAGAAAGCGGUUAGUUACUACACGGACAGUAUCGGCAACUCGGGCACGUUCGCCAGCUACCCCUGCGCCAACUGGGACACCUAUCAGAGGGGGAGCUGCAAAUCCUGCCCCAGUGCCGGAUGCCCCAAGAUGGGUCACUAUGCAGACACUUACCGGGGCGUCACCUCCUCCAGCCAAGUCUUUUAUCUCAGCACCCCUUAAUCCAACUCAGCACCCCUUAAUCCAACUCAGCACCCCUUAAUCCAAUUUGGCACCCCCGACAGCCAAUCGUAAACCUUGUUUCUGUAAUCCUUUGUCUAUAAAUGUCUUUUACAUUGUUCAAAUGAUCUUUUAUUU